UUGCAUGUGCUGGUAGCUCAGUUUCCUCUCCAUCGUUAGACUGUCUGCAGGCUUUGGACGGGCUCGGAGUCACCGUCACCCCGCUCACCUGUCAGGAUGUUCAUGCAUUUGGAGGUUUUCUAUUACAUUUUCAUUCUCCUGGCUCACAUGAGGCCAUACUGCUGCUGGUCAGUGAAUAAUUUCUUGAUGACUGGACCCAAGGCGUACCUCAUCUACUCCAGCAGUGUGGCAGCAGGAGCUCAGAGUGGCAUAGAGGAGUGCAAAUACCAGUUUGCAUGGGACCGCUGGAACUGCCCCGAGAGAGCCCUGCAGCUGUCCACACACAGCAGCCUGCGCAGCGCAAAUCGGGAGACUGCGUUCGUUCACGCCAUCAGCUCCGCUGGAGUCAUGUACACUUUAACCAGGAACUGCAGUCUGGCAGACUUUGACAACUGUGGCUGUGAUGACAGCAGGAACGGACAACGAGGUGGUCAUGGUUGGCUCUGGGGAGGCUGCAGCGACAACGUUGGCUUUGGCGAGGCCAUCUCCAAACAGUUUGUCGACGCGAUGGAGACUGGACAGGAUUCACGAGCGGCCAUGAAUCUCCACAAUAACGAGGCCGGGCGCAAGGCUGUGAAGGGGACCAUGCAGAAGACAUGCAAGUGCCACGGGGUGUCAGGAAGCUGCACCACUCAGACCUGUUGGCUGCAGCUGCCAGAAUUCAGGGAAGUGGGGAACUACUUGAAGGAGAAGUACCACAGGGCUCUAAAGAUAGAUCUCCUCCGAGGAGCGGGGAACAGCGCGGCCAACCGGGGGGCCAUCGCAGAGACCUUUAACUCCAUCUCUCGCAAGGAGCUGGUCCACCUCGAAGACUCCCCCGAUUACUGCCUGGAAAACCGCACACUGGGCUUGCCUGGCACAGAGGGCCGAGAGUGCCUCAAGAAGGGCAAGAACUUGAGCAAAUGGGAGAAGCGAAGCUGCAAGCGGCUCUGCGGGGAGUGCGGGCUGGCUGUGGAGGAACGCAAAGCUGAGAUAGUGUCGAGCUGUAAUUGUAAAUUCCACUGGUGCUGCACGGUUAAGUGUGAGCAGUGCAGGAAGACAGUGACUCAGUACUUUUGUGUAAAGAAAGGAGGCCAGAGAGGAAGAAAUGAGAGUGCCAGUAGCCGAAGGAAGAACCUCAGACUGAGGAAGAAGCACUGAGCAUCUUCAUAACGCUGUCAUCAUAUCCCACUGCAACUCCUGUCAACACUCAAUCUCUCUCUGUGUAUUCAUAACGUGUGUGUGUGUGUGUGUGUGUGUGUAUCGGACAAACGCUUAGCAAAACUACAAGUUCAGAACAUCUUCAUUGUCAAAUUUGUAUUAAAAGUUAAAGACAGUGGGAUGUGCACGAAGCCACAUGAUAGAGAAGUUUACAACUUUCUAGAAGUUUUGGUAUAAAUGUAUUUAAGAUAUAUUUUUAUACAUUUUUUUCCACUGGGCAUUUGAAGAGUUUUUCUCUGACAACAUGAUUUAUUUAUUUUCAUACAUACACAUUAAAUAGUUUAUAAAAUCCCAACUUUUAAGAACCCUUCCGGUUGUAUUCCCAUUAAAAGACCCACCAGUAAUCUUUGUACUUUUCAACUAUCACUACCAAGCGUUGAAUUUAUUUAGAAAUAUUUUAACAUUGUGGGGGUAAAUUCUCCUCUCCCAUCCCCUUGCUCGCCCUGAUCUUUGCUGCCCUUCUGUAUGUAUUUAAUUGUAUAUAAAAUGAAGCACUUUGUACUGUACAUUGUUAAUUUAUUGCACAUUUCCUAGUUGGUCUUGUUGUUAGUUUCUUUCGUGGUUUGUUUUCUAUUAAAUUGUAAUGACAAAA